AUACAACCUGCUUCUCCAUCCUUCAGUCAGCCCGCCCCCGGACUGGACGUAGCCACGUAAGGACACGGCGGCGACUGAGGCCGGCGAGCCAUGGCGGUGGCUCUCCUCUCCCCUCCUCCCACUCUCCCGAGCCCCAACUCACAGUCCUCGCUUCGCCCAAGGAGCAGGAGGGUCCGUGUGCUCGCCUCGUGCUCUCGCGAGCCUGCCGCCGGGAACCGCGGGUUGGUGGUGGAAAGGAGGUGCCUUCUCAUCUCCGGGCUCAUGUCUUCUUUCGCAAUCGCACUCCCAAUUUCAGAAUCAUAUGCUGCCAUGGAGACUGAUGAAGAUGUGAAGAUGAACGCGCAAGUUGAUGAGAUCAAUGCAUAUUCUUUUCUUUACCCUGUCGAACUGCCAGGAAAGAAAUUCUCCUUCAAAUGGGUAGAGUCCAGAAAACCGGAGCGAUAUUCCUCUGCAGCGCCACUAUCGCCUGAUGCACGGCAACGUAUUGUAUCGGAGCGAGUUGACAUGAUACAUAAUGUUGUCAUCUCAGUCUCGAUUGGGCCACCAAAUUCACGUUUUUUACCUUCAAAAGACAAGAGCUUAUGGGAUCCAAAAGAUGUUGCUGAUUGCAUUUUGUCUGAUAGAUCUACCCUGAAAGUAACGACUGGUCAGCGCAUGACAGAGAGUUCUGUCCUUGAUGCACACUGUACAGAGGUUGAUGGAGAACCCUAUUGGUAUUAUGAGUAUCUAGUUCGGAAAUCGCCAACGAAGUCAGCACCAGAACCAAAUUUGUUUCGACAUAAUGUAGCGUGCACUGCUGAGCGAGAUGGGUACCUGUACUCACUAAAUGCUUCCACUCUCAGCAAGCAGUGGGAAUCUAUGGGACCUUUUCUACAAAAGACUGUGGCAUCCUUUCGCCUUCUCCCCCCUACAGACAGCUACGUUCCUCCUUACAAGGAUCCUUGGAGAUUUUGGUGACAUGGUUAUUCUUUUUGCUGUUUCAUUUUUAUCGCUUCUGGUUUUAGACCAUGUUUCACAUAGUGGAUAUUUAGUGAGUGCUUGCACUUUCAGCUUGACUGAUAAAAUCAGGGACUGAGUUUUCUUUGGCCUGUCAACUUUAAAUCAGCUGUACUGAUUAAUCAAAAGUCAAAUGCAUCUUAAGAGCUAUGUCACUAAAAGAGUUCAAGGCUCUA